UUUGACUGUACGUCUUGUAUCGUAUCCCUGGGCUAAAAAGAGAAAGAUAUCGAAAGAAACGUUCUCUGUCAUUCUGAAAAAGAAAAGAAUACGUUCAAAAGAAUACGUUCGGACAAUAUCGGAGCUACAUAUAUAAUUAUUCAAUAAAACCAGACUCUUUACAAGCGUCAAUACGAGUACAUUUUCUUUUGGUUUAGUGGCUGAUUCUUGGAAAUCGUUUUCAAAGCAGGCUUCUGAAGGAUUGAAAAUAAUUUGAUAGUCAUGAAAAUCUGGAGAGAUGCAGGACUUACUUACAUCCAAUAUUCGAACAUUGCUGCCCGGGUGGUACGUGAAGCCCUUCGAGCGGAGUUACGUGCAGAUGCUGCUAAGAGAGACAUAAGCCAUGUGCAGUUCACUCCCUGGGUUAACGGAAAGCCAAAGCCGCGCAAGAAGCAAGAAUCGGAUUCAUAGAUGCCUUUUUGCUUCUUAUUAUGGGUGGUUUUCUGACGUUACACCAUCAAGCAUCAGUAGAAGCUUCGGUAAUUCUAGUAAACCAAAACUGCAAUUAUUCAAAUAAAUUUGAAUAACUCAAAAAAGUUGAAAGUUGUUGCAGUUGUUAUUU